AUGAAGUUCUCUCAUAUCGCUGCUAUCGCUCAACUUGUUGCUCUCGGUAUGGCAGCUGAACAGAGCGAGGUCAAUUUCCUCACAGCAUUGGUUUCCGAUUUCAACGAACACAAGACUGAAUACGUCAGCUUCAUUAAGACUGCCACAGGCUACCCAGCCGACUUGACGCAUUUGGCCAUCGAAAUUCGCACAUACACUGAUGACUCGUAUACCACCUUAUUGGAUGGAGACAACAUCAAUGUCGAGUCUUUGAUGUCUUACGCCACAAAUCUUCCAUGGUAUAGCCGUGUUGCUGCUGCUGCCGGCAUCUCCGCCGCAUCCGGCUCUGCCUCAACGACUAGUAGUGGUUCGACCUCCACCUCGCUGGGUUCUGGUGCCAACAAGUACAUUGCGCCAGCCGGUGCAUUGCUCGGAGGUGCUGCCCUUCUCUUGUUGUAA